CAAUGCUGUAGCUGUGUAAGCCAUCUGCUGCUACCAUUUAUGUAGUUCUGGGUGAGAGUGACGCUGCUCCAUUAAUAGCAAAGGUUUUAAUUCACCCAGGCAAAACCUGAUCUUUCUUGUAGUAAGGGAUCGAAUAGAACAUUGACUGGGAGUGCUUCCAAAAUUAUCAGAAAAAGCAAGGCAAGACACGAUUAGGAAAUAACCACGUCAAGAAAAUGAAGACAGAGGGCACGCCAGAAGGAAUCGAAAGGUUUAUCAGUCCUGGCAAAGGCAGGGGACUGAGGGCUUUGAAACAGUUUAAAGUUGGAGAUCUUCUUUUUACGUGCCCGGCGUAUACUUACGUAUUGACAGUCAACGAGAGAGGCAACCACUGUGAAUUCUGCUUUGCAAGGAAAGAAGGCUUGUCCAAGUGUGGGAAGUGUAAACAAGCGUUCUACUGUAAUGUUGACUGUCAGAAAGGGGACUGGCCUAUGCACAAGCUGGAGUGCUCGUCCAUGUGUACUUUCGGAGAGAACUGGAAUCCAUCAGAGACUGUCAGGCUUACUGCCAGGAUCAUUGCCAAGCAGAAAAUACAGACAGAAAAAACCACAUCAGAGAAGUUGUUAUCCGUUAAGGAGUUCGAAUCACAUCUGGACAAGUUGGACAAUGAGAAGAUGGAGAUGAUUCAGACUGACAUUGCUGCUCUCCAUCAUUUCUAUUCCAAACACUUGGAAUACUCUGAUAAUGCCUCUCUUAUGGUGCUUUUUGCACAGGUCAACUGCAAUGGAUUCACAAUAGAAGAUGAAGAACUUUCCCAUUUGGGCUCUGCUGUCUUCCCAGAUGUUGCUCUUAUGAACCACACCUGCUGCCCAAAUGUCAUCGUCACUUACAGAGGGACGGUGGCCGAGGUUCGUGCUGUCCAGGAAAUCAACCCAGGCGAUGAGGUGUUUACCAGCUAUAUUGACCUACUGUAUCCGACAGAAGACAGAAAUGACAGGUUGAGGGAUUCCUACUUCUUUACCUGUGACUGCAAAGAAUGCACCACCAAGUCUAAAGAUAAAGCAAAAAUGGAAAUUCGAAAGCUGAGUGACCCUCCAAAACCAGAGACAGUCAGAGACAUGGUGAAGUAUGCCAGAAACGUCAUUGAAGAGUUCAGAAGAGCCAAACACUAUAAAACCCCUAGUGAGCUUCUGGAGAUCUGCGAGCUGAGUCUGGAUAAGAUGGGGGCGGUGUUUGAGGACACCAAUGUGUACAUGCUGCACAUGAUGUAUCAGGCCAUGGGGGUCUGUCUCUACAUGCAGGACUGGGAUGGGGCAUUGCGUUAUGGAGAGAAAAUAAUCAAGCCCUACAGCUUGCACUACCCGGCUUACUCUCUUAAUGUGGCCUCUAUGUGGCUGAAGCUGGGCCGAUUGUAUAUAGGACUGGAGAAAAAGUCUCUUGGAGUGAAAGCCCUGAAGAAGGCAAUAGCAAUAAUGGAUGUGGCCCAUGGAAAAGACCAUCAUUACAUAGCAGAGAUCAAGAAGGAGAUUGCAGAUCAAGCUUAAAUUACCAAACUAUAGGAAUAUUUGUAAUUAUGGCCUGAUGGAAAAUGGUUAACAAUGACAGGCAACACCUUUUCAAGACAGCUGUCAAUAUAUUUAUUCAGCCUGACACUUGGCAUGAAGGUUAUACAAAUGCAUUUCUUUUCUCUUUUUCUGUUUGUUGUUUUGAAAUUGUCAUGCAUUUCCACUACAGUAAUAAAAACUGAGAAUGACAGAAA